AUGGAAAUGAUCAUACCAAUUCCUACUAUGACAAAACGUAGCUUACAGUACAAACAGCUUUUCACUGGUACUUUGCACAUCUUUGCUCUAGAGUUAGUAAUAUUCAGUAUCAUCGAUUUCCAAGCUACUAAUAAAGAUUUUAAUGCUGUCCUCUCUACCGCUUGCAAAUUUAACAACAUAAAUUAUCAAGUUGGAGAAAACCGAAAGGCUGAAGAUGGUUGCAAUACCUGCAUGUGCUUGAAGAAUGGUGGCUGGGGCUGCACUAGGAUGGCUUGCCAACCUACUGGAACUAAUAACUUGCCAAGAUGUCCCUUUAAUCCUCAAGAUAACCGAAUCUGCCCCAUGAUGGUCACUACUUUCUGUAAGAGGGAUAACUGCAGCCAAUGUUGCGAAAAUUCUAACGGAUGCAAUCCAAAUGAAGAACUGCUCGUCCGCAGGGAUCAAUGCAACAAUGGUACUAAACCAACUAGGCCAAAUGGAACUGAUACGUGUAUCUUCGAAGAGAAACUAUUCCGCUUAGGCGAAACAGUUAAGCAAAAGUGCAAUCAAUGCAAGUGUUUAGGCCAAAACAAAUGGGCUUGCACCAGGAUAGCCUGCCCUGAUACACCAAAUCACCCAGAUACUACCAAAUUGUGUGUCCAUAAUACCAUGUUGCUCAAGCAAAAUGAAACCAAACGCAAAGAUUGCAACACCUGUAAGUGCCUUGGUAGCAACAGAUGGGCUUGUACCAGAAUGUUCUGCCCACCACCUGAAGGACGACGAGAUGUCUGCAUUUUUGAAGGUAAAAUGUUCAGAAAAGAAGAAACAAGAGCUGACGAUUGUAACAUCUGUCGAUGUUUCGGAAACAAUCGAUGGGGUUGUACACGUAAAGCCUGCCCACCUAGAGAAUUUACUUGCAAUUAUGGCGGACGUAGAUUCAGAACUGGUGACUACGUAGCUCGUGGUUGCAAUGUUUGCCGAUGCACACCAACUGGCAAAUUCAUGUGUACCAGAAAUGAUUGCAAUGAUCGUCCAGAUACACCACCCAAGACUAGGAAAUGUAUCUUAAACGACCGAGAAUAUAACAUUAGCGCGGUUACCAAGAUCGACUGCAACUACUGUCGAUGCCUAAAGGGCAUAUGGGCAUGCACUAGAAUGGCUUGCCAGCCAACUAACCAAACUAACAUGCUCGACAACGUUUGUGAAAAAGACGGGCGAUUUUUCGUUCGCGGUGAACUAAGAAGGGAAAAAUGCAAUCUAUGCCGCUGUUCAAACUCUGGACGCUGGAUGUGUACCACUAAAAUGUGUCCACCUGAAUUUAAUUUAAGUAAUGCAACUGUACCUCAGUGCCAACAUAAAACAAGAACUUUCUUCCAUGGUGAAAUCCGUAAAGACCAAUGCAAUUUCUGCAACUGUACCCGAAAUGAAACCUGGGCUUGCUCAAACUAUAGCUGCGGAUAUCCUUAUAGCCAAGAAGGCUGCGUCCACCGUGGUCGUCGAUUUAACAUUGGACAUAUUAAAAAGCAGAGCUGCAAUACCUGUAAAUGUUUAACCAAUGGUGGUUGGGGUUGCACCAGAAUGAUGUGCCCACCUAAUAGACCAAAUACCACUUGCCAAAUGGGUAAUGAAGUCAGUCGAGUUGGAGAAACUAAAUUCCUUGACUGUAAUAAAUGUACUUGCUCAUCUACCGGAAAAUGGAUGUGCACCGAGAAAGUCUGUGUCGAAGAGAAAUACAAGCAUAUUUCUAUAACAUUCUACCUUGUUAUACCGAGCCGAUCAUUUUCUAAUUUAUCUCUAGACGUUACACGCGUUUGCAAAUUUAACAAUCAAUAUUUCCAGAAGGGAGAACAGAUCCGUAAUAGCUGCAAUCUCUGCAAAUGCGGCUAUACCGGCCAGUGGGCUUGCACACGAAUGAUGUGCAAUCCAAACUAUGAGAAAGUAGAAUUGAUCGGUUUUACUAAUGAUUCUCCAAUGACUAUGGUUUUAAUGCUAGAAUCACUACCUCAAUGCACCUACCAGAAUACGACAUUGUACUUGGGUGAAGUUAGAAAGUUUAAUUGCAGUUAUUGUUCAUGCCGGGGUAAUGAAACUGUUGAGUGUAUGGAGUUACCAUGUGCACGUGAAGAAUCUCCAGUUUGCUAUCAUAUGGGAACAACUUACCCUACUGGCUUUAUUGCCAAAAAGGAUAGUUGCAACAAGUGCAAAUGUAACAAAUAUGGCUUGUGGGCUUGCACCGCCUUUAAAUGUCCAAAACAACCAAUGGCUACCAAAUUAUGCACACACAACAAUGAAAUCUAUCGUCCUAGUGAAAUACGUAUGGAUGACUGCAACCGAUGUAUGUGCCUGAAGGAUGGAGCUUGGGGAUGCACUCGAAUGAUGUGUCCACCUCGCAAUGAAACUACCCCGACUUGUACCUUCCGUGGUAGGACUUUUGCUGCUGGUACCAUUAAGAAGCAAGGAUGCAAUAUGUGUAAGUGCUAUACAAAUGGCGAAUGGAACUGUACUACCAAACCUUGCUCUAAUCCUCAUGUUAAAUUCAUAUGCGAAAUGCGUGGAAUGUUCCUUUUCCAUGGUGAAACUAUCCGCAAGAACUGCAACUUAUGCACAUGCUUACCUACUGGUAAUAUGGCAUGCACAGCGAAAGACUGCACUGAAAACGAAACACUUUCUGAGACAACCUGCAAACACGGAAAACGUCUUUUCUAUGAAGGCGAACGAUCCAAACAAGACUGCAAUGAAUGCCAAUGCCUUUCAAAUGGAAGUUGGAACUGCACACAAAAUACUUGUGAAAACAAACCAGAAAGAAAAUGUAGAAUGAUGGACAGAACUUUUGAAGUUGGCCACAGAAUGCGACACCGAUGCAGACAUUGCCGAUGCAUGGAAGGAGGUUUCUGGGGAUGUAGACACAGACCUUGCCGCCACCACGAAAACACCACUGCUAGAGUAUGCCGACAUAGUGGCCUCAAAUUCAACCAUGGCGAAAACAGAAGCUUAGAUUGUAAUACCUGUAUAUGCAACAACGGUAGCUGGGCAUGCACUAUGAAAAUGUGCCCACCAGGAUCCGAAAUUUGUGUCCAUAAUAAUGAAUAUUAUUCUCAUAGAGAAACCCGAAAGCAAGACUGCAACACUUGCAUGUGCACUAACGGAAAAUGGGCUUGUACUAGAAUGAUGUGUCCACCAAAGCGAAAAUCAUGCUUCCAUGAAAACGAAACUUUCCAACAUGGUGCUACCCGAAAACAAGAUUGUAACACUUGCAAAUGUAUUGAUGGAAGAUGGGGUUGCACAAGGAUGAUGUGUCCACCCAAGGAAGAAGUUUGCCAAUACAAAGAUGAAAUGUUCCAACAAGGUGAAAUUACAAAGCAAGAUUGCAACACCUGCAAAUGUAUCAAGGGAAGAUGGGCUUGCACAAGGAUGCUAUGUCCACCCAGGGAAGGAGUCUGCGAAUACGAAGAUACGAUAUACGAACAUAAUGAAACUAGAAAGCAAGAUUGCAAUACCUGCAAAUGUAUUACAGGAAAAUGGGCUUGCACAAGAAUGAUGUGCCCACCAAAGGAAGAAAGAGAAGUUUGCACAUUCAGAGAUACAUUGUACGAACAUGGCGAAACUAGAAAGCAAGAUUGCAAUACCUGCAAAUGUAUUACAGGAAAAUGGGCUUGCACAAGAAUGAUGUGCCCACCCAAGGAAGAAGUUUGCCAAUACAAGGACACAACGUUCGCACAUGGCGAAACUACAAAGCAAGAUUGCAAUACCUGCAAAUGUAUCAAGGGAAGAUGGGCUUGCACAAGGAUGCUAUGUCCACCCAGGGAAGGAGUCUGCGAAUACGAAGAUACGAUAUACGAACAUAAUGAAACUAGAAAGCAAGAUUGCAAUACCUGCAAAUGUAUUACAGGAAAAUGGGCUUGCACAAGAAUGAUGUGCCCACCAAAGGAAGAAAGAGAAGUUUGCACAUUCAGAGAUACAUUGUACGAACAUGGCGAAACUAGAAAGCAAGAUUGCAAUACCUGCAAAUGUAUUACAGGAAAAUGGGCUUGCACAAGAAUGAUGUGCCCACCCAAGGAAGAAGUUUGCCAAUACAAGGACACAACGUUCGCACAUGGCGAAACUACAAAGCAAGAUUGUAAUACCUGCAAAUGUAUCAAGGGAAGAUGGGCUUGCACAAGGAUGCUAUGUCCACCCAGGGAAGGAGUCUGCGAAUACGAAGAUACGAUAUACGAACAUAAUGAAACUAGAAAGCAAGAUUGCAAUACCUGCAAAUGUAUUACAGGAAAAUGGGCUUGCACAAGAAUGAUGUGCCCACCAAAGGAAGAAAGGGAAGUUUGCACAUACAGAGAUACAUUGUACGAACAUGGCGAAACUAGAAAGCAAGAUUGCAAUACCUGCAAAUGUAUUACAGGAAAAUGGGCUUGCACAAGAAUGAUGUGCCCACCCAAGGAAGAAGUUUGCCAAUACAAGGACACAACGUUCGCACAUGGCGAAACUACAAAGCAAGAUUGUAACACCUGCAAAUGUAUCAAGGGAAGAUGGGCUUGCACAAGGAUGCUAUGUCCACCCAGGGAAGGAGUCUGCGAAUACGAAGAUACGAUAUACGAACAUAAUGAAACUAGAAAGCAAGAUUGCAAUACCUGCAAAUGUAUUACAGGAAAAUGGGCUUGCACAAGAAUGAUGUGCCCACCAAAGGAAGAAAGAGAAGUUUGCACAUACAGAGAUACAUUGUACGAACAUGGCGAAACUAGAAAGCAAGAUUGCAAUACCUGCAAAUGUAUUACAGGAAAAUGGGCUUGCACAAGAAUGAUGUGCCCACCCAAGGAAGAAGUUUGCCAAUACAAGGACACAACGUUCGCACAUGGCGAAACUACAAAGCAAGAUUGUAAUACCUGCAAAUGUAUCAAGGGAAGAUGGGCUUGCACAAGGAUGCUAUGUCCACCCAGGGAAGGAGUCUGCGAAUACGAAGAUACGAUAUACGAACAUAAUGAAACUAGAAAGCAAGAUUGCAAUACCUGCAAAUGUAUUACAGGAAAAUGGGCUUGCACAAGAAUGAUGUGCCCACCCAAGGAAGAAGUUUGCCAAUACAAGGACACAACGUUCGCACAUGGCGAAACUACAAAGCAAGAUUGUAACACCUGCAAAUGUAUCAAGGGAAGAUGGGCUUGCACAAGGAUGCUAUGUCCACCCAGGGAAGGAGUCUGCGAAUACGAAGAUACGAUAUACGAACAUAAUGAAACUAGAAAGCAAGAUUGCAAUACCUGCAAAUGUAUUACAGGAAAAUGGGCUUGCACAAGAAUGAUGUGCCCACCAAAGGAAGAAAGAGAAGUUUGCACAUACAGAGAUACAUUGUACGAACAUGGCGAAACUAGAAAGCAAGAUUGCAAUACCUGCAAAUGUAUUACAGGAAAAUGGGCUUGCACAAGAAUGAUGUGCCCACCUAAUCCAUUAGCUCCAUGUGUUUAUGAAAAGAAGAACUACAACAUUACGGCUGUUGUAGAAAAGGAUUGCCAGAGAUGUAUCUGCGGAUUAUUUGCUCGUUGGUACUGUCAACGCAAGCCUAACUGUACUCCUACAAUUCCACGUAAUGUAACUUGUGCUCUUGGAAGUCAACAAGUUCCAACUGGUUAUAAGAUGGAAGAAAAAUGCCGUCAAUGUACUUGCAUGAAUGAUGGCCAAUGGAAAUGCAAUGUGAAUUCUGAAUGCUUAAAACCAAAAUUCCAAAACUGCACUCUGACUAAUGGUCAAAUUAUCCCCCAUGGCCAUGUUGAGGAAAAGAAGUGCGAAAAGUGCAAAUGUAAUGAUGGAAAAUAUGUCUGUACCAAUAAACCUUGCCCAUUAGAAACCAAUACGUGUGAAUACCAAAAUAAGAAAUUCCCAGUAAAUACUGUAAAACUCAUUGGUUUGUGCCACAGAUGUAAGUGCAGUCCAGCCGGAAAUUGGAGGUGUUUGGAUUUGGGAUGCAACUCAAAUAACAACGCUAAUAACCUCCCAAAUGAACAUAUCAUCGUUCGACCGGAUAGCAUAUUUUAAAUUGAAAGUAUCUUACUAAAAGGGACUUUACAAUGGACCUAAAUGGCUUAAACAAUUUGAUUAGCUUAAACUUACAAAUCCUAUUUCAAGAAAAGAAAUUUUGAUAGGCUGCGCAUUUUGAUCUCAUUUUGCCAGCUGCUACGAUAAUGAAUUAAUUAUUAUUAGUAUAAUGAUCAUUAAGUGAUUGUCUAUGAUGUAUUAGCAGGUUAAACAAUCCUUCUAAUCCAAUGAAUUGGAAUUUGCUAUAUUGUAACACAU